AUGAACCUCGCGGACAAGGCCGCAAGGGGCGGCGGCGUCACGCUUGCGUUCCAGGCGGUGAAAUUCAUCGUUCAGACCGCGUCGUUGAUCCUGUUGGCCCGGCUGCUGACGCCGGAAGACUUCGGUAUCGUCGCGAUGGUCGUCGCCAUUACGGGCGCUGCAGAUCUGAUCCGCGACUUCGGCCUCUCACUCGCCGCCGUGCAGGCUAAGCAGUUGAGCGACGCUGAACGGACCAACCUGUUCUGGGCCAAUACCGGCAUCGGCUCCUACCUAUCGUCCUUUGCCGUUGCCGGCGUAUUCAUCGUCAGCGGCGCGGCCACCCAGUUCCGCGCUGAACUCAUGCGCAGUCUGCGCUUCACAGCACUGUCCACCACUGAUGUUCUGGCAAUGCCAUCGGAGUCGGCACAGCAGUGGUGCUUGCGCUUCGGGCGCCGGAUACUGGGCGAUUGUCGCGCAGUUGAUCAUGGUUGCUGUUGCCACGCUGUUUCUCAGUGCCGUGAUCUGUCGGUGGCGCCCGGGGCUUCCACGCCGAGGCGUAUCGAUCAAACGGACAACCCGGUGAUCUACGGGCGGUACCUGGCCAGAGCACAAUUGAUCGGCGGGUACUUCACCGCUUCGGUUCUCGCGGUCAGCGCCGGCGUCGCAGAGCCGCUGAUCACCGUCGCCUUCGGUGAACAGUGGCCUGCCGUUGCCCCGAUCUUCGCGCUCCUUGCAAUCGGUGGCGUAUUCCGCUCGGUCGCCCAAAUCUGUUACUGGGUCUAUCUGUCUCAUGGACUGACCGGCGCGCAGUUGCGCCUGUAUCUGUUUCUCCGACCUGCGGUCAUCGUGAUCACGCUUGCCGGUCUCCCGUGGGGCGCCGUCGAAGUCGCGGCAGCAUCGUCGAUCGGCUUUCUCGUGGACUGGCUGGUCACCCUGUGGCACGUGCACCGCGUGGCCGGUGUCGACAGCAUGAUGUUGCUGCGGAACUCCUUGCGCGCGAUCCCUCCUGUUCGGCGCACCGGCCGGACUGCUCGCAUUUGUCGGAUCUCACCUGUUUGUCGCACCAUCCGCGUCCUUGGCAGCCGGCAUAUUCUCCGCCCUGGUCGGAGCUACCCUCUCCGCAACGCUCUUUCCCACUGUCCGAAGCGAUUUGACCACCAUGCUCGACUUCGCGAGAAGAGCCGUUGGCCGUCCUCCUCGUCCUCCGAAGGAACCUGUCGACCGAAAUUCACCGCUCGGCUCUGGCGGACGAGACGACCGCAGGCUCGUGUCCACAGAUUCGGCGAGCACUAUGACGCUGUGGAACUACCUGACUAUCGUCAAGAACCGAUGGCGCAUUUUCAUGACGGUAUUGGUGAUGACACUGGCUGUCGCCUUUUCCACGAUAGCCUUGACGCCACACACCUACAUCGCCAGAUC